CCACAGUACGGUCAACCUGCAAGCUUGCAGUGCAGCCAUUCUGUGACGACUCCAUCAUGUCUUCUCCAGCCUUGGAACCGUUCCUCCUCCCAAAUGGAACCAAACUCAAGAAUCGCAUUUACAAAGCCGCCAUGGAAGAAAACAUGGCGGACGUCGCACAUGGCAAUCAGCCGUCCGAGGGACUAAUCAAUCUGUAUCGCACUUGGGCAGAAGGGGGAUCCGGUCUUGUUAUGAGCGGCCAUGUAAUGAUUGAUCCACGCGCUAUGGCUCUGCCUGGUGAUGUGUUACUGGCAGAAGAUGGCCCAGUACAAAGCGACCAGCGUUGGAGAGAGUGGAUCAGGGCAGCAAAGUCGAACAACACGCAAUUCUGGCUGCAGAUCAACCACCCCGGACGACAGAUCAAAAAGGGAAGUGGCUUGCCUACUUAUUCUCCUUCGGCUGUGCCACUCGAGAUGGGUAAGCUCAGCGGUAUGUUUGAUAUGCCGCUUGAGAUGAGCGAAAAAAAGAUCCAGGACGUCAUUCAACGCUUUCGCUGGGCAGCGAAGAAGGCCGAAGAGCUAGGAGUCGAUGGUGUAGAGAUACAUGCAGCUCACGGAUACCUGAUCUCGCAAUUCCUGUCACCAAAAAGUAAUAAGCGAACCGAUCGAUGGGGCGGCCCCCUCGAAAAUCGUGCCAGGCUUCUUUUGGAAGUCAUCAAAGCAAUCCGAGAAGCAGUCUCACCGUCCUUCGGCGUAGGUGUCAAAAUCAACAGCGCCGAUUUCCAACGCGGCGGCUUCGACUCGAACGAUCUGAAAUGGACCGUGGAGCAAAUGAACGACAUGAAACUCGACUUUGUCGAACUAUCUGGCGGCAAUUAUGAAAUGCCAGCUAUGGGCGGCGCCGCUCAAAGCAACGAGAAGAAAUCUGCUCGUACAAUCGCUCGUGAAGCAUAUUUCCUGGAAGCCGCGCAAGAAUUGAAGAGUAUAGCUAAAGUGCCAUUGAUCGUGACAGGCGGUAUUACAAAGCUGGAGACCGCCAACGCUGUUGCAUCAUUGUCAGAUAAUACACUGGUCGGUAUUGGAACUGCGCUUGGUUAUAUUCCAAAUUUGCCCAAUCGCUGGGCUGCGGGUGAACAGCCGGUUGUGAAUCUGCCCCAAUCGUGGAUUCUGCCUGGAAUGUUGAAGUUUGCGGGCAACAUAGCCUGUGUGCAUUGGAAUAUGGCCAAUAUCGGGAAGGGCAAGCCGAUCUGGAUGGGCGUGUGGCCCAUGUUGGCAGUCUUGUGGGAGGCUUUGGGGGAGAGGAAACAGAUGGCUGAGUAUAAGAAGUGGUUGGCGGCUUUGGAGAAGCAGUCCGGUAAACAAGCGUGAGUAGUGUUUCCGGGAAAACACGAUCUUGCCCUGAAGAGCAACGAAUGUCACGAUUCACCUCUCGCAUGGACGCGCAAAGGCAAGCCUAGGAGAAGAUGCACACAAGCAUCAACGAGGACUCUCCACAGCUUCUUACGCCUUGUGUCUCUGAAAUCCACCUCUGUGUCCGGCGCGAAGAACAGACACGUUCCAGGAGCACGUCAUACGAGGCGUGCUACAGCUUGCGUUGAUCGAGCGUCAGAGCAUGGCCGCGUUGAGCUGGGCUUAGAGCGAUGUGGGAAUUGGGGGAGGAUCAUGGGGACCAUUGACAAUCUACCACUAUUGUGGCCGCUCGUCUAACGAAGGCAUCUCAGGUUGGAUGUUUGAAAAGAACAGACUUUAAAUCGACAGACUCU